UGUGGAUUCUGGACGGUUGGAGUGCAGGGCUGCUUUGGGGCGGAGACUGGUCGGAGGAAGGCCGUAUAAGGGUGGUCGGGGUCUGGUGCCUGCCAAGCCCCCACUGGCGCCCUAUGUGGUUCCGUCGCUGCUGAAGAAACAUCAUCUAAUUUAAGUUGGAAGGUUAUUAUACAUGGAAGGCUGCUUAUGCUGAACAUGGGAGCAAAAUAAUGAAAUGAGAGGUCCUAGAAGCAUUGAGAUAUGGAAGAUGGGUGCUGUCAAUUAUUUGGAGGCACUUAAGCUGCAAGAGAAAUUGGCAUCUGAUAGAAAAACACACAAGAUCAAAGACACCUCGUUGUCUCUACAGCAUCCACCCACAUUCACUCUUGGCAAACGGCGGACUGUUCACAAUGUAUUGGUUUCCGAGGCUGAGCUCAAAGCAAUGGGAGCAGAGCUUCACUAUACUGAAAGAGGAGGCGACGCUACAUUUCAUGGUCCUCAUCAGGCCAUUUUGUACCCUAUUAUCUCCUUGAGAGAUAUUGGCAUAGGGGCCAGAAAAUACGUGGAGAAUCUUGAGUCAACAAUGAUUGAGUUGGCUUCUCUAUAUGGCGUUAAAGCUCGUGCUGGAGAAACGGGUGAGACGGGGGUUUGGGUUGGCCGGAGAAAGAUUGGGGCGAUUGGGGUUCGCAUAUCUUCUGGAGUUACAUCCCAUGGUUUGGCUUUCAACAUCGAUCCCGACUUGAACUACUUCAAACACAUUGUGCCAUGCGGGAUACCGGAUAAAGAAGUCACUUCUUUGCAAAAGGAGGUGGGGCUGGGGCAGAAGCUUCCUUCUGAACAAGUCAUUCAUGAGCAAUUGGUUUCAUGUUUCACAAAAAUAUUUGGCUAUACUGAUAUUACAUGGAGAGACAAAACAUCGGUAUCCUCGGAUGGUCAUGAAUGAACCGCAACAUACUGAAAAGGCCAAUGCAAAACCACAGUGGAGAAAGCUGUUACUCUCUUCAAAUUCACUAUUCGUGACCAAAGCCAAGUCGAGUGGAUCCACGCUGGAGCCGGAGAAAGCAAUGGAAAACGGCCUGAGGAAACGGCCUCCAAGCGCUUCCAAUCCGACUCAGAAUAAAUGAGGUGUUGCAGUAGGAGACGCACAGAUCAGAUAAUGAUCUAAUUCUGUCAUUUUUGCACUUCCCUUUCAUAUUACUUGUCAGAUUUCUUAGCUUAGUUCUUAGCAAGAAUGUUGAACUUAGCCUUAGCUCAAUAGGAUUAUCUCUUUUCAUUUUUCUUUCCAUAUAAGAAUUCGUUUCUCUUUUUUUUUUUUGCAUUAUUUGUAAUUGUAGGGGUCUAGGGCAAGAAUGAGAUGAAAGUAUCUAAUGAAACUUUUACUAUCAUCAA